CAGCCAUGAAGUAUAUCUGAGGUGUAUAUCAGGAGCUGGGAUGUCCAGCAACAUUCAUCUAGAAGACAUUUCCCGCACUCAAGGUUCUAAUACACCUCCAGAGUUGUGUGGGACCCCUGAUGUACAGGAAGACAGGACUUCAGUGAGGAAUAUUUCCCUCACUCAGGACAGGAAAGUGGGCUUCUCCCCCGUGUGAGAUCUCUGAUGUCUGGAAAGAUCGGACUUGUGUGAAAAACAUUUCCCACACUCAGGACAUGAAUAUGGUUUUUCACCUGUGUGAGACCUUUGAUGUUUGAUGAGAUCUGUUUUUUGUACAAAACAUUUCCCGC